AAUACAAACACGUGUAGAAAACAGACCAUGGCCGACACAAGCGCUAAGAAAAAGAAGAAACAUGAAAGUAUAGCAGAUAUACAGCAUUCUGAAAACUUUUUACUGAAACCAUCAGACAAAGUAGAGAAGUUAGACACAUCACAAUGGCCAUUAUUACUCAAGAAUUUUGACAAGUUAAAUAUUAGGACAGCCCAUUACACACCCAUACCAUCUGGUAGUUCACCACUCAAAAGACCAAUAGAAGAAUAUAUCAAGUGUGGUUAUAUAAAUCUUGAUAAACCAGCCAAUCCAUCAUCUCAUGAAGUUGUGGCAUGGAUCAAGAGAAUAUUACGAGUGGAGAAAACAGGUCACAGUGGUACAUUAGAUCCAAAGGUUACAGGAUGUCUGAUUGUAUGUAUAGAAAGAGCCACACGAUUGGUCAAAUCACAGCAGGGUGCUGGAAAGGAGUAUGUGUGUAUAUUUAGACUACACAGUCCUAUAGAAGAUGAACGACUUGUGUGUCAGAAAUUAGAAAAAUUGACUGGUGCCUUGUUUCAAAGGCCCCCAUUAAUAUCAGCUGUAAAAAGACAAUUGCGUAUCAGAACAGUGUAUGAAGUGAAGAUGAGGGAAUAUGAUGCUGAAAGAGGAAUGGGUAUAUUCUGGGUGAGCUGUGAGGCAGGCACCUACAUUCGUACAAUGUGUGUACAUCUUGGUCUCUUCCUUGGUGUUGGUGGACAGAUGCAGGAACUUCGUAGAGUCAGAUCUGGUAUUCAGUCAGAAAAGGUAGGAAUGGUUACCAUGCAUGAUGUGAUGGAUGCCCAGUGGUUAUAUGACAACCAUAAAGACGAAACAUACCUCAGGCGUGCAAUAAAACCACUGGAGGCACUACUAACAGGUCAUAAACGUGUUAUCAUGAAAGAUACAGCAGUGAAUGCUGUAUGUUAUGGUGCGAAGAUAAUGUUACCCGGGGUUCUUAGGUAUGAAGAUGGUAUCGAGGUUAACCAGGAAAUAGUUAUUGUCACAACAAAAGGAGAGGCAGUUGCUUUAGCAAUAGCUCAGAUGACAACAGCAGUAAUGGCUACCUGUGAUCACGGGAUAGUGGCGAAGAUCAAAAGAGUUAUUAUGGAGAGAGACACAUACCCCAGGAAGUGGGGACUUGGACCAAAGGCUUCCUUGAAGAAAGAAAUGAUCAAGAAAGGAUUGCUUACAAAACAUGGAAAACCAAAUGAAAAUACGCCAUCAGACUGGAUGAAACAGGAAGGUUUAAAUUCUAAUGAUGUGUCAGUGAAGAAAGAACCAGCUACUCCAGGAAAGAGAAAGUUUGAAGACAGUAGUUCAGAAGACAGUACACCUAGUGCUCCAGCUACACCGGUGACACCUAGUGGUGAUUCUGAAAAGAAAAAGAAGAAAAAGAAAAAGAAAGACAAGGAAAAAGAGAAAGAAGAUGAAGAAGAGAGUUCUGAGGAAGCUUCUCCAGAAAAGAAAAAGAAGAAGAAAAAGAAACAUAAGAAAAUGAAAGAAGACAGUGAUUGAUGAAGAAAAGAAAAACACCACAAAUACAAAAGUGAAUAAAGACACUUCAGAAGACUUGUCACAUCUUAUGUCAUGUAGAACAUAGUUUACUAAAGUACUAUCUUGACAAAUAUUGUCUGAUUUGUUAAGAAAAAUACAUACUUGUGCUACAGUAUUAAUACCAGUUAUGGCUAAAGUCAGUAGAUAUGUGUUGAAUAUCUUGAAAGCCUGUUUUUACCAAUUUUAUUGAUAUCAUUAAGAUAUAUUGUUAUAAGAUUUAUUAAGAACAGAAAAAGUUUCACCAAAGGAAAUAUUAGGAAAAUUAGUAGUCAAUUAUUUCAAUAUUUCCAUUGGUUUAAAAUGCAUUUGUAGUUUCAAACAUCUUCUCUCUUUCACUUUCAUUACUUGUCCAUUGUCAAAUAUUUGUCAUUUUGGCACAUUAAGUGUAUUUUAAGAAUUUUUUUUUUUAAAGUAUUUACACAUGCUGUUUUUUUUCUACUAUUUUUAGCAAUAUAGAUAGAAGGUGAUUAAGGUAUAUGUCAUGAAACAACAACCCAAUGACAAUUAACCAAAAUCAUUAUUCUAUUGUCUGUUCACAAAUUCUGGACUUGAAGACUUGCUCUAAAAGAAUGGAAAGAGAAACUUAAGGAAAGUUGGUUUUUUUCUCGUUAAAGACUUAAUCUAAACUAUUUCAUUAAUUACCUGACUCAACAUUUUCUAUUGAGUAAAAAUUAGGGUUGUUUGUAAUUUUUUAUGCCAUUUUAGUUAUGAAUGUAAACUCGCAUUCAGAACCUUGAAACUUAAUUUUCCUUUGAAUAGCACCAUAAUGGAACUUAACCCAGUUCUUGUUUUUGUUAAAAGUUAUAUAAUUUACUGUCUAGACUUUUCUGGCUACUGAGAAACUCUUUUAUAUGUAGCUAUAUAUUUUUUUGUGAUGGUUACAUGUAUUUUUAUAGAAUUUUGUUGUCUCUAGGCAGCUAUGAUCUUGUUUCUGACUCUGUUUUGAUUAUUAAAAAAUAGACCUGUUAAUCGCCUGUAAAAACUCGUAUUAUCAAUCAUUAUAAAGUUGUUUUGACAAGAAAUGCUGACCAUAUAACACUUCUCAUGUAAUGUAUUCAAUGACAAGAAUCAUAACAUCCUGAACACUGAUUUCUUAUAUACUUCCAAAAUAAAUGUUAGCUAUUUAAUAUCGUAAAAAUUCUUCAACACAUAUAAAACAAAAAAUGAAGACUUUGUGAAAUGUUUUCUUUAUCUCUAAUAAUGGGCAUAUGAUGAAAUAUACAGCAACUAAGUAAGUAAUGUUGGUUACUGUUUGAAGAAAAGGUUUAGCUUAGUAUUUCCUGUAUAUAUGAGUAAAAACUGAUACAAUGCUGAUAACAGAUUUUGAAAAGAACUCUUUCUUGAUUGAGAUGUAAUUUUCAUUUCAGAUGUUAUGAAAUUCCAUUUCGAUGUCUUAUGUGUUCAUGAUAUGUUAUAUUUUCAUGUUGAACAUUUUAUAAGUUUUAACAGAAAAUAAAAGCUUAUUGACUAUUAAAA